GCUUCCUCCAACUGUGGGCUUACUUGUGUGUUGGCUGGGCAGUUCUUUUAGAUUGUGUCGUUUAACAUUUGCUGGAACAUACGUGGACGUUUAUGGAUCUAUUCGAGGUCGAUUCUUUUAUAUGAUAAUCCCAAACACGUUCGGUGGUAGCUAUCUGGUUUAUUUUAUUGCUGUUGAUCAUCCCUAUACCUGGAGUGAAGUAUUGCAAUUUGAUCGAGUUGUAUUUGUAUAAAAGACACGUUCCUCUUACAAUCUCAACCAUUUCAGCUGAUUUUCCCCUGAAAUCGCGCUAUAAGAAAGCGUAUUGUCGAAAAUGCCUGCUGUCAAAGGAGAAGGAAUGCGCGGGCUUUCGGUUUUUAUAUCUGAUAUUAGAAACUGCAAAUCUAGGGAAUCGGAACUCAAAAGGAUUAAUAAAGAACUUGCAAAUAUACGGUCGAAAUUCAAAGGAGAUAAACAACUUGAUGGCUACCAGAAAAAGAAAUAUGUGUGUAAACUGCUUUUUAUAUUUCUACUUGGUCAUGAUAUCGACUUUGGUCACAUGGAGGCAGUGAAUCUACUGUCGUCUAAUAGAUACACAGAAAAACAAAUAGGAUAUCUUUUCAUCUCAGUCUUAAUUAGUGCCAACAGUGAUUUGAUGCGUCUUAUAAUUCAAAACAUCAAGAAUGACUUAGCAAACCGUAAUCCAGUGCAUAUCAACUUGGCCUUGCAGUGCAUUGCAAAUAUUGGCAAUGAUGAAAUGGUUGAGGCGUUUUGUUCUGAGGUUCCCAAGUUGAUUAUAUCUGGUGAAACGUCAGACAGUGUUAAACAAUGUGCUGCAUUGUGUUUGUUGCACUUGUACCGACUUAAAAAGGAUAUUUUACACCAGUCUGAUUGGACAUCAAGGAUUGUUCAAUUACUCAAUGAUAAGCAUCUGGGCGUCGUGACGUCAGCCACCAGUCUUAUACAUUCACUUGUUCAACGAAGUCCAGACGAGUUCCAAGGAUGUGUACAAGUAGCUGUAGCGCGUUUAAGUAGGAUCGUGACGGCGUCGUAUACGGAUCUUCAAGAUUAUACGUAUUACUUCGUACCAGCACCGUGGCUUUGCGUCAAACUUCUUAAGUUAUUGCAGCUCUAUCCUCCACCAGUUGAUGAUCCUGCCACAUUGGGAAGAUUGAAUGAAGCACUGGAGGCAGUCCUAAAUAAGGCUCAGGAGCCUCCGAAGUCAAAAAAAAUUCAGCAUUCCAAUGCUAAGAAUGCUGUUUUAAUUGAAGCAAUAAGCUUGAUCAUUCAUAUGGACUGUGAACAAAGUCUUCUCAUUCGUGCUUGCAAUCAACUUGGACAAUUUUUAACUCACAAGGAAACCAAUUUAAGAUAUUUAGCUCUUGAAGGUCUUUGUGCCAUGUCUCAGUCCGAUUACUCCAGCGAUGCAGUGAGAAAACACCAAGAAACUGUUGUCAAAGCUCUUAAGGAUGAACGUGAUGUUAGUGUACGUCAAAGGGCGGCGGAUCUUCUCUAUGCCAUGUGUGAUAAAACAAAUGCUGAAGAAAUUGUAUCUGAAAUGAUUGGAUACCUUGAACAUGCUGACUACUCCAUCAGGGAGGAAAUGGUCCUAAAGGUGGCGAUUCUUGCCGAAAAGUAUGCGACAGACUACGAGUGGUAUGUGGAUACGAUCCUUAGUUUAAUUCGAGUUGCUGGCGACUAUGUUAGUGAAGAGGUUUGGUUUCGUGUCAUCCAAGUUGUCAUCAACCGGGAUGACAUACAAGGUUACGCUGCGAAGACCGUAUUCGAGGCAUUGCAAUCACCUACCUGCCACGAAAAUAUGGUCCGUGUUGGUGGCUACAUUCUUGGAGAGUUUGGUAAUCUCAUUGCUGGUGAUCACAGGUCAAGUCCUAUGGUACAGUUCAACCUGCUUCAUAGCAAGUUUCCUUUAUGUUCAUCAUCCACCCGUGGUCUUCUCUUAUCUACAUAUGUCAAAUUCAUCAAUCUCUUCCCGGAAAUUAAACAGCAGAUACAGGAGAUUCUAAAACAAAACAGUAACCUACGUAGCAGCGAUGCAGAAAUACAACAACGCGCCCUUGAGUACUUCCAACUUAGCUCUAUUGCAACCCAAGACGUUCUGGCGACUGUCCUGGAGGAAAUGCCUCCGUUCCCUGAAAGAGAGAGUUCCCUUUUGGCAAAAUUGAAAAAGAAGAAGGCAUUGGCGGCCGGUAUCCCUGAAGAAGAGAUCGCUGAACCAACAAAACCUGUCAACGGGCAUUCGACUUCUGAAAAUGAGACGUCAUCACAACCCGGAUCAAGUGAAGCACCUCAACCCACCCCUAUCGCCAGCGCUCCAUCCUUACUAACCACUAACAAUUCGGCCGGUUCUGGUUUACUCGUCGAAGUAUUUGAGAAUACUUCCAGCACCGUGUUCGGUAGUGCGCCCACCACAUUGUCGCCUGGGGCUGAGGAUAAUCUUAAAAAGUUUGUGUGCAAGAACACCGGUGUGGUGUUUGAAAAUGAUAUUUUACAAAUUGGACUGAAAUCGGAGUAUAAGGAUUGUUAUGGGCGUCUUGGUUUGUUUUAUGGAAAUAAAACCACAUCUCAGUUUGCUGGUUGGAGAACUACUUUACAUCUUCCUGGAGAACUCACAAGCAAACUGAAAAUUGAUCUCAAACCGGUAGCUCAGACUGUUGAAGGUGGUGCACAAAUACAGCAACAAGUCAACGUGGAAUGCGAAAGUGACUUCGCUGAACAACCGAUAUUGGAUAUUGCAUUUACUGUAAAUGGAAUUGGUCAAAGAAUAACGUUGAAGCUACCUGUGUUUCUUAACAAGUUCUUCAAGUCAUCAUUAAUGAAUGCACAGGAUUUCUUUUCUCGCUGGAAGCAAUUGUCCGCUCCCGGGCAAGAAUCUCAGACCGUAUUUGCUUCUGCGUUUCCAAUGGAUACUGAAUCAGUGAAAGCAAAGCUUCUUGGCUUUGGUUGCGGUAUUUUGGAAAAUGUCGAUCCUAAUGCCGACAAUUACGUAUGUGCCGGAAUCAUAGGAACGAAGAGUACCCAAAUAGGAGUGUUGAUUCGAUUGGAACCAAAUAAAGUAUCACAGAUGUACCGUCUAACCAUACGUACGCCAAAACCAGCAGUGUCGAGUAAUCUUUGUGAACUUUUAAAUAAUCAACUGUAGAGAGGUUGGACAGUUGUUAUGUCAGUGCAUGAAAAUUUCUAAUCGUUGUCCGCUUCAAUGGCUGAGUGGACGCCCUCCGAAUUUUUUAAAUAAGUUUAAGAAGCAUCAAUUUAUAUACCACGUGAUAUUCGGUGAUGCUUAGAAUUAUCCAAUUGUGUGGCUGCGUGCUGAUGUAAUAGCUGUUAUGAGAGGCUCCACUAUAGCGUAGUAUUCAUUUUUACUAAUCAGUGUUAAUGCGUAUUCUGUGUAGUUUCAAAAUACUAUUAAUGCCAAUCGUGAAUUAAAAAUUGCCAAUUUCAA